AUGAAGUUGAUAGACAUACCAGGUUUCAAAUCAAUUUUGGGAUAUCAGAACUUUUCAAGAUUUUUAUUUCAAUCAAGCGUUUAUUUGGCUAAAAAGAACCGAUUACCUCCCAGACCCAAGGUGAAUGAGGAUGAAAUUGAAGAAGUGUUUAUUAAAGGAGGAGGCAGUGGUGGUCAAAAGAUAAAUAAAACUAAUAGUAAAGUUCAGUUGCGCCAUGUUCCCACUGGAAUUGUAAUCAGUGCUCAACCCACCAGAUCAAGAGAACAGAAUCGAAAGAAAGCAAGAGAAAUAAUUGCCUUGAAGCUUGAAGAAAUCAAUGAUCCGGAGAAUUGUAGAACAAAAAUUAUUAAAGAUUUAAAAGUCAAGUCUAAGAAAAGCAAGCUGAAGAAAUCAAAAAGAAAAUACCAAAGAUUGGCUGAAGAAAAAAAAUUAGCAGAGCAAGCAGAUUCCAACAAUCAAGAUGAUUUUUCUUUCCUAAAUCUGUCUGAAAUAGAAGUGGAAAUGGAAAUGGAGCAGGAAGAACUUGAAUUAAAUUCAAAUAGCACAACGAGCGACGUUAAUCAUGUAAAUAAAGCAGAUAGUACAGAUAAAUAG